AUGACCACCCAACCCAGCGAAAAAAAGGUCUCCCGAAUUCCACCAAGUGAUGACGUGGAGCAACUAGACACCGAAGUCCAGCCUGGUGAGAUCAAGCAUGGAGGCACAGGAGACGUUGAUCCAGCCCUACAGUUUCUGGCUGCAGAGGCGAUCGAAUAUACGCCCGAAGAGUCCCGCAAAGUGUUGUCCAAAAUCGAUCGAGUUCUGAUGCCUUUGCUGUGCUGGGUCUAUCUAAUCCAAUUUGCCGACAAAACGUCUUUGAACUAUGCCUCCCUGAUGGGAAUCCGCGAGGACACACACUUGGACCCCAACUCGCAGCAAUACAGCUGGGUGUCGAGCAUUUUCUACGCUGGAUACAUCUUUUGGGAUUACGCCGGCCUGCUUUGCGUCCGCUUUUUCCUCGGCGCAUUCGAGGCGACAGUCACUCCGGCCUUCGUGUUAUUCACCUCUUGCUGGUACAAGCAAGAUGAACAGGCCAAGCGCAUGGGCUUCUGGCUUGCUUGCAACGGCUUCGCUCAGAUCCUGAUUGCGGCAAUCGCGUAUGGACUGUCAGGAGUGCAGACGGCCUCCAUUGCGGUGUGGAAGAUUCUAUUCCUCGUGCUGGGUCUCCCUACCGUUCUCACCGGCGCACUGUAUUUUUGGCUUAUGCCAGACGAUCAGAUCCACGCCAGAUUCCUGAGCCAUCGGGAGAAGCUCAUUGCCGUGGAUCGCAUCCGGGGUAAUUUCCAAGGCAUCGGUAGCCAUACGUGGAAAUGGGCCCACUUCUUCGAAGCAUUUCGCGAUCCACGCACGUAUCUCUACGUGCUCUUCUCGCUCUUGAUGAAUAUCCCCAAUGGGGGUAUCACCACCUUCGGUUCUCUCGUGAUUAGCUCUUUCGGCUUCUCCAGUCGCAUGUCCCUCUUGCUCAAUAUGCCAAUGGGGCUUGUCGAUAUUGUCUGCAAGCUAGGUUUGACAUAUCUUUCCGACAGAUUCCUGGAUCGCACAAUCUUUGCCAUCAUCGCCAUUCUUAUACCGAUGGUGGGUGGCAUCUUGAUGAUUGUUCUUCCCCUUCAUGCCAAAGCUGGUCUGUUGGUGGGUUACUACUUCAUCGGCGCUGCUGGAACCUCCUGGUGCUUGGUCAUGGUGAUGAUAUCCAAUAAUACCCUGGGCUACACGAAGAAGGCCACAGUAAAUGGCCUCCAGAUACUGGCCUACGCCGCGGGAAACUGGAUUGGACCACAGACCUUCCGCUCGAACCAAGCGCCCGAGUACUUUGAUGGCAAGCUGAUGGUAGCCAUCAUGUACGCCCUUGCAGCGGCGACCCUACUGGCUAUUCGUCUAGUGAACAUUCUGGAAAAUAAGAGACGCGACCGCCAGGCGCUUUCUAACCCCGGCGGUGAAACUGUGGCGGUUGGCACCGAGUUCUUCGACCUCACGGAUUUCGAACAACCUGCUUUCCGCUAUGUACUUUGA